CUCUAAAACAAGCGACAGGGGGAAAAGCCGCAAGCGCAACAGAAAGAAAGCUGAAAAUGAAUCUCUAGUAAACAGUGAAAGUGGGCGAAUGGAAAGGAAGUAAUAUGAACAACAGCCAAAUGGCAUAAAAAUUGACAUUGAAGGAGAGAAAGAAACAUAGGAUUGGUGGCACCAAGGUGGGCGAUGGGCCAAAGGGACAAGAAGAAGAGAAAGACAGGAUAUAAAAAAAAGAGACGAAGAAAAGCGUGAGGAACUUUCGGCGACCAUGGUCAUGGUGGUUAGAUGGGUGCCGAGUACAACGACGAUUGCUCGUUUUCAGGUCUAUACAUGUGCGAGCAUGGAUAUUUCGGAGAGGCUGGCGCGGAGCUCACCAAAACGCGAAUGGGACGGUCGUUUAGUAGCGCCUACUGCGCCUGCUGCCGCUGCUGCUGCUGCCGCCUCCAUAACUGCCAUAGCUGUCGUGAUAGCUGCUGCUGUAGUGGCUCUGCGAACCUCUUGGGCAGUCCGGGUAUCCGCAGUAGGCGUCGAUGGUCUCCUGAACCCAUUGGUUCUCCGAGGACUCGCGCUCCAUCUCGCGAACGCAACCGCAGAGGGUGCUGGUGAUGCUGAGGAUGGGAUGACAAAAAGCAACUGCGAUGGGAGUGAGGAGGGUAACGAUAUAUAUACAUGCAUCAUCUGCGCAACACAAAUGUAUUUGAGGAUGUGUGUGUGA